AUGGACAUCAACCUGUACAUCCACAGUGUUGAAGUGGAGCUCGCCAAGAGUGACGGAAUUGUGAAGGGGGACGAGCAGGAGGAAGAAAAUGUGGUGUACUGCCUGCAUAUUAAAGUGGAAAAUGGCGACACCAGGGGAGAUUCAAGGAAUCGAGUAAACACUGGGUCAGGUAAUUGGUCCGGCAGUUGGGAAAAUGUUCAGCCAAGUAGUGACGCAAGUGGCCUUCCCUAUGGUACGCAGCGUGGUCUGAAGAACGAAAUGCCAAAUGGACUGUUUUACGAAACGCCAUGGUACAUGUGUGUGAAGAAGGGACAAAGCGAAAUAUGCCUCAUGUCUUACGAAGUGAACAUUUCACACGCGUUUAACAUGUUGGAGAAGCACGUGAGUAAAUGUGAAGCGAAAAAUGGGGGGAUUUUGCACAAUGAGGGGGAGGGCCUCACCGUGUACGUGCUGCGGAAAGACCUGAACAAAGACAAAGUCGAUUAUCUGCACCGAAGUGAACUGAACAUGAAGAACAAAAGACUCUACGAUAAGAACUAUUGUAUCCUGUUCGAAAAUGAUAAAUUAAAGGGGAAAAUAAAAGUGCAUUUAAAAGAUGCAAUUAUAUAUAAUCACACUUUAAGUGAAAUAAAAACAGGUAAUUAUUUGAAAGACGUCCAUGUGGAGAAAUUUUUACCAAGUGAAUUUCCCGCAGAGUCAAGUCAAGCACAAGUGCACGACAGGAUUGAUCAUGUUGCAAAAGAACAAAGCGGAUUAUCACAAGAUAAGAAUAUAAUUAACGAGUUUAAUGAAUUGCUUAAUGCAAGGAGAGUUUUAUACUGGGUCUACAUAGACGACAACGGGAAGGAACAAGGCCCCUUCAACAGCAACACCAUUUUUACAUGGAUCAUAAAUGAAUAUUUUGAGGACGAUACGUUAAUCAGAUUACACGAUAAGAGUAAGUACUACAAAUUGUGCGAAGUGAUUGGCUAUAUUGAAAAAAACGUGUUACUCAAUUCAGGCAGCCAUGAAUUGCUUGGUGAUAACCUGGGGGACCAUAUUGAGGGAGCCCUUCUCCAGGGAGUGAAUACAAAGUGGGAAAUUUACAAAGGGAGCCCAACGGAGACACAGAAAAAUUUCAUCCACGAGGAAGCUACUACUCCAAAUGAUAUGGGCGAUUACGGCAUAAACAAAAGUGAGAUUUAUUUUCCCCAAGGGGGGUAUGUUGAACAGUACUCGGAGAAGAUUUUCCAAAAAUUAAGCGACAGGUACAGCAACGAAAUGGGUGAACAGAAACCCACUUGUGAUGUUCGUAGUAAAAGUGAAGAUUUUUCAACGGGGGCAGAUAAUACCAUAAUUCAUAAUAAGGCACAUAAUAACAAAAAUGUAAAAAAAAAAAAUCAAGUAAAAAUGCUGAAAAAGGAGAUUAAAAGGAUUAAAGACGAAAUGGUUAAGUUGAAGGAAAAUGCUUGCACGAGUAGACGCGCCAUUUGUGAUGAUGAGAAGGUGGAAGCACGUCAUGAGUUGUCCCAUCAGUUUGAGAACGGUAGGACGUCCAAUGUAGCGUCCCAUAUAACGUCCAAAGAGGUGACAAAACAGAACUCCUGCACCACGCAAAAGGCAGCAGAGGUCAGCACAAAUAAUAAUGUAACUCAUGAGACGACGUAUAUUGGGCUUCCCCAAAAAAAUGACAAAUCACACACACAUGAGUGUGAACAGAACGUAGGCAGAAGUACCUCCCAGAAUAACGGACAAUGUGUAACGACUGGACAUGUGAAAGCGUUUGUAAAUUACACCAAUGAUGCUUUAUCAAGCGAAGCGGACAUGAUCGAAAAAAUAAUUAGUGAUAUUAAUGAAGAGUUUCGAAUAAAAGAAAAUUACCAAAAGCAGAGGUGCGUGGAAAUUGCCAUGAGCAGUAUAAGUCAAGCUCAGGAGUGCCUUCUCAACAUAAAGAAGAAGCGAAUGACUUCUUACCUCAACAGAAUAAUCAACUUAUCAAUUCAUGAUGAGGCAAUAUAUAUUGGGGAGGACAAUCGCGACAUGGUUUCUAUGGAGCGGAGACACUUGAAGAAGACAACGCUGAAUAAUGGCCCCUGUGGAGGUCUACGCAGCGUUGCUUAUAAUGGCUCUUGUGAAAUAUGCCCAUCGUGUGCUACUCCAAAGAAGACAAUUUUGAACAGGAGUGCGUUAGGAAGUAUCGACCAUGUGACGCACACAAAGGGUUAUCACCACGCAAGGGGGAUGUUGUCAAAUGGGGACUUGGAAAGCGCGCCGAGGAAGCAGAAAAAGGUGGGAUAUUCAUUAGUAAUAAAUGGGGGGUCGCUGAAAAGUGUUGAGAAGGCAAAAUUGGUUAAUGGGGAAGCGAGGUCGCAGGGAAGGAUAUGCGAGGAAGUUUCCAAGGAACGGGAAACCACCCUAUCCCUUAACCGCCAGAAAAACUCAGAAGUUGUGUACAAUUACUACACAAGUUACGAUCAAUUUUUAAAGUGCGUAAUUUUGAUACAGCGCAGUGUAAGGAUGUGGCUAGCCAGAAGGGAAAAAAGGCGUAGCUCGGGGUGGAGAAAAAACCAAUACGAUGUCCACAACUCUGAAGAAUUAAACCACUGGUGUUCUUGUAGGUGUAGAGAUUUAGGGGGGAACCAUAGGAAGAAAGAGACAGACCCAGGAGAAGAUCCAUCUCGAAUAAAAAAAGAAACGUACAAGCCAGACAUAACAAAUCGUAUGUUCGAAAAUGUGCAUUUUGUGAAAAAUGAAAAGAAGGAAAUAAAUGAAUUGUAUGUUACUUUUUUAGAGAAAGAAAUGGGAAACAAAAUGGAAGGAAGGAAAUCACCAAAAUUUUCAUCCCUGGUACAGAGUGUUCAAGGGGGGAGAGAUGACAUGCCUGUGAGGUCUUGUCCAAAUGGGGACUACCUUUCUAAUAAGAAAAAGCAGAUGAACAAUUAUGGGGAAGUUGAAAUGAGGACGGGGUGCGACGAGAGGCGACUGCUUCACAGGGAUGACAGGCUUCAUGAAGACAUAUUUGAAAGUGGAGGUAAGUCGCUCAGAAGGGAAGACAACGAAAUGGUUAAACAAACGUAUGGCGUCAAAAGUGACGAUGUACUUUUUGAGCGGGAGCAGGUGAAAUCAUGUAAGGGAAACGCGCAUGAGCUUUUGUGUAACCUGUUAAGUAAAUACAAAAGUGCGAGCGAGGAAAACGGGACGAACGAAAAAUUGAGCAACGUGCACCCAAACGAACAAUUUACACAUAACCUAAAAAAGUAUAAUAGCUUUCUCAAGUCGAUAGAAAAAAAAGACAUCUCUGGAAGGAGGGGCACAUUACUAUCAGUUGUUAACAACUUGAAAUUUGAUAACAUAUUGGGUGAAAAGAAAAAAAAUUGCCAACUGCAAAAGGGCUUAAAGAACAGUUCCGCCGUGCCCAGGGCAUGUUCCUUUCUGAGUUAUAGAGAACCCCCUGCCCAUAACUGCACUUACAGUGGUAAAGGACACAGUGGAGUGGACAACGGUAUCACCAAGGGGGGAAGUGACAUGGGAAGAAGUGGCAACAAACGGGCAACAAUUAAAUUUCUCCAAAAGGGCAAUUUUUUGUGUAAAAAUUUUCCUGAAAAGGAAGGAAAGGUAAUGGACUAUGCCGUGGGCAAUAAUAAUGUGAGCCGUUUUUUACUGAACAAAGUUGGCAAUCAAAAUUUGAAAAACAACGUAACGGAUAAUUUUUAUGAUGGAUGUUAUUCACAUCGUUAUGUAGGAGAUCGUCAGCGUGUCUUCAUUACGAAGAGAUGA